CAGUUUAAAGUUAGGUCACCCGUUGAUUAUAUCUAGCAGGAUUCGUCGAUCACUUUAAACAAUCAUAUUAACACAAUGACAAACUGGAGUCAACUUUUGAUGUUAAUGUAUAUUAACGGAUGUUAUUUGUCAUCAGUUACAGUUGAUGGUGCACAGCUGACAGUGACUCAAGGAGCUGAUACCAUGACAGUGACGUGCCGUCCUGGAACCAGCGUUAGCCAGAUCGAUUCAUAUAGUGUUAUUACAUUGCUAAGAGAUGUGGGUAACAGUAGAUUUACUAGAGCACCUGUGGCUAUGGCAGCACCAUCAAAAAACAAUGGACAAGCCAUUCUAACAGACACAUCGUUAACACUGAGAGCCACAGUGACUGGGAAGGCAGAUAACAAUGACAAACGAGGAUCUUUCGUACAGAUUGUGUUGAGGAAGAUAUCAUGCAGUGACUCGGGUCAGUACUUCUGCAGAAUCAACUACUUAACAGUAGAUGUGGAGCCUGGUAGCUCAGAAGACAGCAGAAACAUUACUGUACAGACUGACCCAGGUCCAGUCUCUAUGUUUGUUACACCAUGGAAGGAGGCCAGUCCAUACUUCGUGAAUGAAACUGUAGAAUUUCAGUGUACUGGUGAUGUUGGGAAUCCACCACAGACCAGACAGUGGUCAUGGCAGUGGCAGUACGCUGAUGGUAUGAUGGAUCUGUGGAGGUCUUACCCAUAUAAUGACAGGAUCACGGAUGAUCCAGUCACUACUGCAAACUGUACGAAUCAGGGACGAUCCACUGUAAGACAUGUUGCGUCUGUGGAUGACAAUGGCCGGAUGUUCCGGUGUCUUGUUAACAACAAUGAACUGUACUCUGCCAACUUUACCAUCUACACUGAAACGGAUACAACAGUCCCAUCGGGAGGGGUAACUAGUAAAGCGGUUACAACAGUCGGACCGGGAGUGGUAACUUGUGAAGUUUGCCGUCCUCAGACAGACAGCUUACUAGGAACAGGCAUUGGUAUUGGCGUAGGAAUAAGUGUGUUAACAGGCCUAGUUGUUGGCGCAGUGAUUUUCGUCUUCUUCCGUAUCAGAAAAGUUAAAGGUGAAAAUGAACAUCAGUAUGCUUCAAGACAAGAGAACGCUGGUGUACAGGAAUCUGCCACGUACGAUGAUCUUAGACAAGAUCACGGAGGCCAACCUAACACCGGUGCCAGUGAACCUAGUACGUAUACAACACUAGAGGCCAGGGUCAACGAUACACCGUACAGUGGGCUCACAGUUUAUCAUAAUGUCAAUUAGUAAUCAGAUGUAAAAUGAUGCAGGCAUGUUAGAGACCAAUUAUCACAAUUUCCAGUGCCAUAUGUUUCUCUGUUUAACAUUUGUUUAUGUUAUCUGCAACGUGAGAACAAUAACGUUACAGUGAGCUGACACUAGACGUAACGAUGGUUCCUGCAUGCAUUAUUGUCCAAAGAUCAACUGCAGUGGCGGAUCCAGAAAAUCCAUUGGGGGGGGGGGGGGGGGGGGGGACAAUGACAUGAGGCGGAAUGCCAUUGUUCGUAAAAAAAACGAAAACUAAUAUAUAAGAAAAUUAUAACUGUCGCAAAAAUUUAGGGGGGUGAGGGCGGGCCCCAGGGGCCCCCUAGAUCCGCCUCUGAACUGUAGGCAGAAAAAUCGACGUAAAGAAGGAAAAUUACAUUGGGAUCUUUUUAAAUUUGAUGGCAUGUUAUAUGAAAAUUCUGGCCAUGAUAGGUGGUAGAUGCAUUGUUCGCACCCCGAUACCGAUUAUAACCGCUUUGUGUGUACACUAGACUGACUUCUCUCUAGCACCAAACACUAACCAAUAACAUCAGACAUGGACAGACCGCCAAGAAAUACACAUGUAUGUGACCAGGAGAGAAAAUAAAAUAAAAUUAAAUGAAGAAAGUGAAGAUGUAGUUACAGAUAUUUGUUUCUGGGUUUUUUUUUUUAGUUUAUGUCUUUCAUUUUACUUCUGUUAGUGUGGUUUUAGGUAAUCAAGGUCAAUAAAUGAAUGAAUGAAUGAAUGAAUGUUUAACGACACCCCAGCACGAAACAUACAUCGGCUAUUGGGUGUCAAACUACGGUAAAUGCAAAAAGUAAGUGAUGAACAUCAUCAAUAUAAAAAUGCAAAAGGUAAAUUAAAACACAGUGAUUGAUUGACCGAUUGAAAACAUUUUAUUGUACAAAGAACAAAACUUACGAGGCCCUGUUACGGCCCACACCUUAUGGACCAUUUUGUCGUCAUUAAAACCAUUUGACAAUGGUUCGAUACUACACAUAAUUUAGGAUACAAAAAUUAUGAGGAGUAUAAUCAUAAUUUGUUAUAUUUAUUGACUCGACACAGAAGAUUAAAUAUUGAUUCCAAA